AUGGCCACAUCGGGAACCAAUCAAACAGUUCGCGAACACUGCGACUUAUAUCAAAGUACUUGUUUCACCACAUGCCCAGCUGGAUACUACUUUGUAAUAAACACCGGUGUCCAGGGCAUUAACUGUGAAAUGUGCUGCAAAGCCCCAGCUGCUGUCAAUGAAUGCCAGGGCAGUAACAACUGCCACGCGGAUGCUACUUGUACAGAUACUCCUGCAUCCUUUCAAUGCGAUUGCAAUCCUGGAUUUUCUGGCGAUGGUGUCACAUGUUCAGAUGUCGACGAAUGCGCAUUGAGUCCAUGCCACGCUAACGCAACAUGCAUCAACACACCUGGUUCAUUCAACUGCCAAUGUAACCCUGGCUUCACGGGAGACGGUAUUAACAGCUGUAUCCAAGCGACCAUUCCAUUCCUGCUGGUUCUUAAGUUCUGUCCUGUGGGUCUUCGGACUUGGGGAAUCCACAAGCCCGCGAGAGCUCAGGUCAGGUCAGAUGUGAACGAAUGUGCGACUGGCGCAGACAACUGUGUCGAUCCCAGUCUCGGAGGCCUUUGUACCAACACACUGGGGAGCUUUAACUGCUCCUGUAUGCCAGGAUACACUGGAGAUGGAAUAAACAACUGUAACGAUAUAAACGAAUGCACUUCCGGUGCCGAUAAUUGUGAUGUUAAUGCGAUGUGCAACAAUACGGCUGGGGGUUUCACUUGCACGUGCAACGCGGGCUAUUUGGGGAACGGCACAUACUGUAUUGUAGAUGUGAACGAAUGUGCGACUGGCGCAGACGACUGUCUCGAUCCCAGUCUCGGAGGCCUCUGUACCAACACACUGGGGAGCUGGAGCUGCUCCUGUAUGCCAGGAUACACUGGAGAUGGAGUAAACAACUGUAACGAUGUCAAUGAAUGUUCGGCAACACCGUCGCCUUGUGGGGUGUCUAUCUGCAACAACACCAUCGGGUCGUACACCUGUAUCUGUCAGCCAGGCUACCAGCUCAACGCCACCACAAACACCUGCGAAGACAUAGACGAAUGUACGUCUGGCGCUGCGACUGGUUGUGCGAUGCAUGCCUCGUGCAAUAAUACGGUGGGCUCCUUCACGUGUGCGUGUGACCUCAACUAUGAAGGGGAUGGCUACUUGAACUGUACUCUCAAGCAGUGCGGAAUAGCAGGACCAGUUGCCAGGAUAGUCCAAGGGACGGCAGCUACGGAUUGUCGGUGGGGGUGGAGCGUUUCCGUAAGAAUGAACUUUUCAGGGGCUCCGACCAUGUAUAACAACACGGUACACAUGUGCUCCGGAGUGAUCAUCGAUAUGAACUGGGUGCUCACCAGUGCGGCUUGUAUAAAGAAGAUCCCCGGUGCCACGUUCCUGGUGACGUCUGGCACCGUGAACGUGAACCCAGGCGAUGAUGCCGAUCCCGACAUGCAACAGAAGACGAUCGCCCAGGUCAAGUAUCACCCGAACUUUACCUCCACUGACAUCACCACUGCCGAAGUUGCUGCUCAGGGCUUUGACGCCACUUAUCCCUUUGACGGAAAUCAAUUUGCUCUGUUGCAAGUGGAUUCUCCCUUUGUUUUCGACACAUGUACACAGGCCAUAUGUCUACCAGAGAUGCACUCGGAAUGUUACAGCAACACGGAAUGUUUCAUAGCAGGAUGGGGGGCUAAUACAGAAGUAAUAAAUAACAACAUUAAUUUCCCUAACAUGCCGCCACUACAGGAAGACCAGGUAACGAUGAUGAGUAAAGCAGCCUGUGACGUCAUCAGAACGGCACAAGGUAGAUACAUGCCAUCUGCCGACGCCGAGGUGUGUGCCGUGGACAACACCAUUGAUAUCGCAAAGCUGCAGUUACCAUCACGACCUUGUUAUGGAGAUGCUGGGUCCGGUUUCUACUGUAUGGCGCCAGACGGCUACUAUCACCUACAGGGCAUUCAGCUGAUGGAGCCUGCUGGUUACUGCACCUCGCCUACUUUGCCAUACAAGGUGGGUGACGUCACAAUGGCCGUGGACUGGAUCAAGACGGAGCUCGGCAUAUAGAGUGAACUCCAAGUCUUACACAUUAGGUUGAACUUCACUCCCCUCCCCAGGUGUUGAAAGAGACACAUUUGCAUAUUUUGUCAGCAGGAACUUUGAAACGUUUGUAACCAUUAAUUAUCUUUGUUAAUAAACGUACUUUUUUUCAGAA